CGGGUACGGGGGCCCUGGCGGCGCGCGCGGACCAGUCAGUCAGUGGUUCUACCGCCGCCGCGGCACGCCGUACCGAGCCGUGACUUCACUGGACUAUGCGCCCCAGGACGUGAUCAGUGACCCCAGUGACCCUAGUGACCCUAUCCCACCCACAACGAAGUGCCAAAAGGAAGCUAAAAGUGUGUGACAAAGUGUGCGACAAGGAUACAGGAUACCAUUCACCCACUUCAACCGCGGCAGCACUGGACUAUAGCCGUGCUCACCAUCUCGGAUGAAAGGCUGCGGGCGCUGAGCGCCGGCUCUCCCACCGCGCCGCGCCGCCCCCGGAGCCCCGCCGCCCCCGGAGCCCCGCCCCCACCACGGCCACCCCCUGGCCGCCCAGCCCCCGCCUGCGAUGGUGCGGGCAUUCCACGCGGCCACAUGGCUGUGCCUGGGGCUGAGUGCGCUCGGAGCAGUCGUCAUCGCACCAUGCUUAGCGCAGAACCACCAGAUUCACAGGCGCAUGAGCGUGGACGACCUAAGACAGCUGUUCCAGGUUGAGAGCCACGAUGAAGUGCCCGAGUACGAGGUGGUGCGGGUGAGGUCGAGGCUCCCGGAGCGCGGGGACCUGGCCGGCGGUGGGGGAGGGGGGACCACGACGACCACAACGACGACGACGACCACGAGCACCCCGCCGCCCUCGCCGGCGGCCCCGGCGGACAGCGGGGGGCAGCCCGGGGCCGGGGCGGAGGCGGAGGCCGCGGCCGUGUCGCGGGUCGUGGAGCUGUCCGCGUUCGGCCGCCAGCACCAGCUGCGGCUCCGGCCAGCGCACGGCCUCCUCAACAAGGAGCUCAGGGUGUUCGUCGCCGACCACGCCAACGGCACCGACGUGGACUACACCGAGCUCGAAGAUGAAGGAGAGCAUCUCGGAGAGAUCUUCCAGGACGAGGACAACGAGGCCGCCCUCCUGCUGCACCGGGACCCCGACGGCUCCUACCUCCUGGACGGCACCAUCGGCGACGACCUGGUGGUGAAGCCCGUGCCCGCCUCCGUGAGGCAGCACUUGGGCGCGCCGUCCAAGCACCAGGACCCGGACGACGAGAUGUUCCUGGACGAGGAGGACGCGUCGCAGGACGAGGCGGUGCGCGGCUUCCCGCUCGGCAAGGACUCCAACGGCGACGUGCGCUUCGAGGACAGCCCCGGGCCCGGGAGGCGGCGGCUGCGGCGCUCCGUCGAGCACCACGCCCACAUCGUGUACAAGCGCGCCGGCAGCGAGGCCGCGGAGGCGCACCCCGACCUCAGCGACUACGCCUUCAUGGAGCCCGACGCGCUGCCCGUCAGAGCGUCGAGAUCGCGGAGGUCCAUCGUCAAGCGGGAGGCGCCCUACGUCAUCUACCCCGAGAUCCUGGUCAUUGUCGACUACGACGGAUACAGACUUCACGGCGGCGACAACGUGCAGAUCAAGAGGUACUUUGUGUCGUUCUGGAACGGCGUGGACCUGCGGUACAAACUGCUAAAGGGACCCAGGAUACGGAUAAGUAUCGCGGGCAUCAUCAUCUCCAGGGGGCGCGACGCGACGCCGUACCUGGAGAGGAACCGAGUGGGUAGAGACGCCAUCGACUCUGCGGCAGCGCUCACCGACAUGGGGAAGUACCUCUUCCGAGAGCGGCGCCUCCCCGUCUACGACAUUGCCGUCGCCGUCACCAAAUUAGAUAUGUGCAGAAGACAAUAUCCAAAUGACGCCUGCAACAGAGGCACCGCAGGUUUUGCAUACGUAGGAGGAGCUUGUGUAGUCAACAAACGUCUGGAGAAGGUCAACAGUGUAGCUAUAAUUGAAGACACUGGCGGGUUCUCUGGCAUCAUAGUUGCAGCACACGAAGUGGGACAUCUUUUGGGGGCAGUUCAUGAUGGUUCUCCACCUCCAAGUUACCUUGGAGGUCCAGGGGCAGAGAAAUGCCGUUGGGAAGAUGGUUAUAUCAUGAGUGAUUUACGUCACACAGAAAAGGGUUUCAAAUGGUCCCCCUGUACUGUCUCUUCUUUCCAUCACUUCCUUAAUGGAGACACAGCUACAUGUUUGUACAACUCUCCUCAUGAAGAUGAAUCACUGCCAAGGGUUUUGCCUGGCAAAUUGUUGACAUUGGAUGCUCAGUGCCGUAAAGACAGAGGAACAAGUGCAUGCUUUAAAGAUGAUAGAGUGUGUGCCCAGCUCUUCUGCUUUGAUUCUGGUUCAGGUUAUUGUGUAGCCUACAGACCUGCAGCAGAAGGCUCUCCUUGUGGGGAUGGACAGUAUUGUAUGAACGGUAAAUGUGUGGUGGAGCAUGAGAACAUAAUUCCUGACUAUUCUCAAAAUGCACCUGCUUUUCUAAGAAGAAUCGAUGAUGAUGGA